AAAAAUUAAGAAAAAAAACGUAGGUGAAAAUAUUCCAUAGUUAUGACGCGGGAAAUUUCCAUACAGCUGUAUCAAUUUUUGCUUCGGACGGUUCUAAACGAAAAUUCACUUGCCUUUCAUUUAUUACGAAAGAAACCAGUCUAUACAUCUCUUUAUCUACUAAUGUAAAACUUACUUUUAGAACUGUGUUGACUUUCUAUUAAACCUAUGCAGGCUUUCCCGGAGAAUUUCGCAGAACGUGAAUUGAAAAAUAUUCGUUUACAUUGUCUCUCUGAAGAGUGCAAAUGGUUUGGUGCCUAUGAAGAAUUGGAAGGUCAUUCUCAAGUUUGUGAGCAUGCGCUCAUCAGCUGCGUACAUAAGCAGUGUAACAUUCAGCUACCUCUCUCUCUUCUUGAUGAACAUUUGAAUAAUGAUUGUGAAUAUCGAAAUGUGAAAUGUGAAUAUUGUGGUAAAGAUGUCCCGUAUGCUUCACUUAAGAAGCACGAAGAAAUAAUGUGUGAAAAUUAUGGAGUGGUUUGUAAGUAUUGUAUGCAAAUGAUACCAAGGAAAGAUAUUGAACAUCAUGAAAGUACGACUUGUGAUGAAGUGCCGACUAAAUGUGAAUUUCAAGCCAUUAGUUGCAACCAUGAUAAAACUUUAAAACGACAGGAGAUCAGACAACAUAUGAAUGACACUCCAAUUAAUCACGUGAGCCUCUUGUUACGAUAUGUUAUGGCAUUUGUUAUACAGCUUGGUAACUUUGUGCUACGUCCAGAGUUUACCACUCCAUUGCGAAGACUUGUUGACCAAGUCACUGCUUUUCGUGCAUAUUACUUUGAAAAAUUUGUGAUGUUAGAUGGCAAAAUUACAGGUCUGGAAAGAAGAAUUGAAUGUCUCGAGGGUAGUGGUGGUAGCAAUAGUUAUAACACCCAGUUGUCCUCAGAGGUUUCCUUGUUGCGUGAAAGAAUUGCAACACUUGAGCGACAAGCGAAAGACGAUUCUUCCACUAUACAACGGUUUCGUGAGCGUUUAGAUCAAGUAGACGAAUCAAUACACAACGUGAAGAGCGCACUGGGAUCAAAUCAGGCCAUACAAAGCUACAAUGGUACGUUACUUUGGAAAAUAGACAACUUCAAUCGAAAGCGACAGGACGCCAUUAAUGGUGUUAAGAAUGCCUGGUACAGUCCACCAUUUUACAGUUCUCAAUAUGGUUACAAGAUGUGUGCUAACAUCUGUAUGAAUGGUGAUAGUCGGGGAAAUGGAACUCAUUUAUCUUUGUUCUUUGUUAUCAUGAAAGGUGAUUACGAUGCUCUACAAACAUGGCCAUUUCAGAAAUAGAUCACAAUGAUGUUUAUAGCUCAAGGAAAUGGUGAUCACAUGAUUGAUGCUUUUCAUUCAGAUCCUCAAAGUUCCUUAUUUAAGCGACCAGAGUCUGAUUUGAAUCCAUUUGGAUUGCCACUUCUAAUUUGGCCGAUAGAGAGUUUAAGCAAUCUUCUGUUCA